UCCAAUCCCCAACAUUUUCAUUAUCUUCAACAAAACCUUUGCGACAUGCUUCAAAACCAUUUUCAAAUUUUCUUCGCACAAUGAUGACUACGCCUCUUCAAAUUCAACCUUCUUUUCAAAACCAAAACCUUUCCAUUUCUCUUUCCUCUUCCCUCUUCUACUCUCACACUCUUCCCUUCAAACAAAACCUCAGUGUCCGCUACAUUUACCAGAGAAGAGGAACACUCUCGUUGACUUGUUCCAUUUCAAAAGUUGACAACUAUGGCACAGUUGAUUUCGAGCGAAGACCUGCUAGUAAAUGGGGUGUUCUUUACAAGAGAAUCUCGAUGAUGAAAAACCCUGAACUGGGUUCUGCUUCUGUGUUGAAUCAGUGGGAGAAUGAAGGUAAACCUCUUACAAAAUGGGAUCUUUGUAGAAUUGCCAAGGAGUUGAGAAAGUAUAGAAGACAUGACAAAGCUCUUCAGAUAUAUGAUUGGAUAAACAACCGACCAGAGAGGUUUAGAAUGUCUGCAAGUGACGUUGCGAUUCAGUUAGAUUUAGUCUCAAGAGUUCACGGAGUUUCAAGAGCAGAAGGAUUUUUUCUGAACCUGACGGAUGAUUUAAAAGAGAAGAGGACAUAUGGUGCCCUCUUGAAUGCAUAUGUUCAUUCUAGAUCAAAAGAGAAAGCGGAAUCUUUACUCGAGGUAAUGAGAAGUAAAAAGUAUUUGACAAAUUCACUUCCGUUUAAUUUAAUGAUGACUAUGUACAUGAAACUUCAAGAAUAUGAUAAAGUUGAUAAGUUGGUUUCAGAAAUGAAAGAAAAGAACAUACCACUCGAUAUAUAUACAUAUAAUAUCUGGUUAUCUUCUUGUGGAGCACAAGGAUCAAUAGAAAAGAUGGAACAAGUUUUUGAACAAAUGUCGACGGAUCCUACCGUUAUCCCUAACUGGAGUACAUUCAGUAUAAUGGCUGCACUGUACAUUAAGAUGGAACUGUUCGAAAAAGCACAAGCGUCCUUGAAAAAGCUCGAGAGUAGGAUAAUUGGUCGAGAUAGAAUACCUUUUCAUUUUCUCCUUAGUUUGUAUGGAGGCAUUGGAAACAAGGACGAAGUUUAUCGCGUGUGGAAUAGCUAUAAAUCAAGAUUUCCAAGUGUACCUAACUUAGGAUACCAUGCUGUUAUUUCUUCUCUCGUUAGAAUGGAUGAUAUUGAGGGCGCAGAGAAGCUUUACGAAGAAUGGGUUUUGGUUAGGCCGUCCGAUGAUUCUAGAGUAGGAAACCUUCUCAUGCGAUGGUAUCUUACGAAUGGAAAAUCAGAUAAAGUUUUGAGUUUCUUUGAGCAUAUGAUUGAAGGUGGUGGAGGUCCAAAUUCAGCUACAUGGGAGCUUCUUUCUGAGGUUCAUGUUGGAGAAAAGAGGAUUUCAGACGCUUUGUUGUGCUUGGAAAAGGCUUUUACUACUAGUGGUUCGAAAAGUUGGAAACUGAAGCCGAUAAAAUUGGCUGCAUUCCUUAAGCUUUGUCAAGACGAAGACGACACGGAUAGCGCCGAGGUUCUAAUUGAGUUGUUGAGGAAGUCAGGAUACCAUGAAGAUGAAGCAUAUGCGUCGCUAAUUAGCAAAGAUGACUUGUCAAGCAAGAUUGAAAGAAUGAAUGAUAUUGUUGACAGUGAAAGCAUGGAUGGUGAUGAUAAUGAUGAGUCUCAAGUGUUGUUCAACCAAGUAGAUGGUAGCUUUUGAGAAUUUUGUUUUUGUUUUGACUAGUGAAAAAGGGGUUGCUAGAUCAUAGGAUGAAAUGUUUUGAUGCUUUUUUCUUUCUCAAGCUUCUAUGGCUUCAAUAGGAAUUUACUAUCCUUGUGUGUGUUUUCUAUGACUUGUAUCUUUUUAACUAUGAUUUACUUUUUAUUUGGACUGUAAUAAUGUUACAUGGAUGAUAAUUUGGAAUUGGACCCUUUACUAGGAAAUGGUUUCUUUUCAUUUGUACUCA